AUGGAAAUGUCGAAUGGACUGGCUAAUAUUCCGGUUUUUAAUCGACCUCAUAUUCAAGGAGAUCAGCUACGUUCCGACAGAAAAACUCUAAGUAAUAUAUCAAGUGAUUUUGUACCAAAAUCAGAUCAGAAGUUGCCUUCCAUGGAACAAAAUCGUACCAGCAAAACCACACUAAACUUUACCGAUAUAAAAACAAGCACGCAAAAACCAUCAGAACCACGACAUGAUGCCCACUUGUUAUCUAUCCGAAAACAUCGGUCCUCAUUCACAUCAACAUCGUCUGCAGGUUCUCCGCUUUCUAAAAGGCAUAAAUAUGAUAGUGAUGGAACCUUACGAACAGAAAUAUCAACCUCUAGAACUUUUCCAUUGAGGAAAAAAUAUAGCAGAAUUGUGCAGCAAAGCUCACAUGGUAACGAAUUUCCAUCAAGUGUUAGCAAACAAACAACUAUUGGAAUUGCGUCCGAAGGAAAGAACAAGAGUCCCUGCUUUCCUGCACGAAGGCGAUUGAAGGCAGGAUCGAUUAAUAUGUUCAACUCUGCUCCUUCUAAUCAAACUAACCUUAACAAAACCUCAAUUGGUGUUUCUGAUUUGACCCACUUGAGUAGCUCCAGUAUAGGAGCGUCAGGGAAGGAGGUAUUUGUCCAUGACGGAUAUUUGUUUUCUUCACCAGAAAAAUCACCUUCUAUUAAACAUAAAAAACAGGUUGCUUUUUCAAGUGAACCUGAAAGUCCAUCGUCUUCUCCAUUGAAAAACAAUAAAGGGGAACCCAAAUCAAUAUUGAAAUUACCUGGUUCUGAAUACGUUUCUAAGUCUUUUAUAACGUUAGAAACAAUGCUGAAUUUGGACUUGAGCAAAAAUGAAUCAUGGCCACCUGGUGUGAUUUUACAAAUUCCUAGUAAUCAUCCAAACAUUAAAAAAAAAGUUCAUGAAUGUGCAUUGGGGCUAAUUGAUAAACAGUUCCACAAGCAAUAUCAAGUCUAUGCUUCCUUAAACCAUAUGAUUAAAGAAAACCCCAAGGUUACAUAUGGCGAAAAUAUUUUCACUAAGGAUAUUGUUCGGAAUAUCAUUGCCUCAGUUCAACUAGAACUACUAAAAUUAUUAAAAGAAUUUAAAGAAGGGUCGAAUCCUUUUCAGCAACGAACCGCCUCCCAAGGCCUAAAGCUUAUUGUAUUUUUAAAUCCAUUAGCAACAAAUCUAUCGGGAUUGGGUAUCCUAUUUGACAUUUGUACAGAUCUUCUGAAAAGUGAGAACAUAAGUAAAGGAGUAACUUCGUCUGUUUUUCAGUUUGUCAAAGUUUUACCAGAGAAAUAUUAUGGAAAAAUGGAAUCAAUAGGAACAAGCAUUGUUCAAAUGAAGCAUUUCACCAGUGCGUCUGUGACUUGCGAAAAACUCAACAUACUUCGGAGGUUUGUUAUAUUACAACCUGUAACAAUGAGUAAAUGCAGUUACCAAAUAAUCAGUUAUGUUUUAUUCACCAUAUUAAACACUGACGUCCAAGCAUAUCAAAAGGUUCUAAAUAGUGCAAUUUCAGUUCUAACGUGUCUUGCAAACAAUAAAGAGUCCAAAGCUAUGGUUGUUAGAAUAUUAAGUGAAGAACUUGAAAGUUCCUUUUCAUCGAUUAAAACAAGUACGGAGAUACAACUUCAUUCAAGGAUGACAAUAGCACAAGCUAUUUGUGAGACUUUAAAAUAUUUAAUUCACAUCAAUUAUUCGGUCCAAGCAGCUAAAAUAUGGACUUAUCUACUAUAUUUGGUGUCGUUCAACCGGAAAAAGUUCAUCCUAGAAAAUUGGGAUUCUUACAUUUAUUUUGAACCGGUUUUCAGGGAAUUGCUUGAAAACCCGGACACUGUAAUUAUAGCCCUGGAAUCGUGGAAAGUAAUGGUUUAUAAUUUCCAGACCUUGACGAUUAAAGAUUGGGAGACCGAGCAACUAAAACAUAAGUUGAAUUCUUUAUUGUUCCCAUUUUUUAAUACUAAGUUGAUUGUUGGAGGCACAAAAUUGAAACAAUGGAGUAAUCACCAAAGCUAUGUUAUACUAUAUGCUCGGAUUUAUUAUGCGAUGAGAUUGAAAAUGGAGGAAAUUACAUUUGGUCCACAUUUGGCAUUACUAUUAGAUCAUGUUCUUACACCACUUUAUAGCUUGACGGAAUGGGAUACUACAUUUUCAUACAUCCUAAAAUCCGUAUUUUUAUCUGAUAGAUAUCUCCACGUUGAAGAUCCAAAUGCAUGCUUUUGGUUUUCGGAAUUUGAAAAAUGGAAAGGUAGACUUCUACCUUUGCCAAAAAUGAUUUUCAGAAAUCCAGAAGUCUUCAGUGUAAUUUUGAGAUAUAACACAACAACUGGAUCGUCAAGAUCAUUUAAUAUACUACAGAGUACGAUUAAUAUCAGUGUUUAUUAUCCUUUGGAAAACCUGAAGUUGGCAUGCCCAUACAAGGAGUAUUGUCAGUUUGCAUGUUCAGUAGGAGAGGCUAUUCUCGAGAUUUUUGAGCAUCAUAUUUAUCAGAACCGUUCUGCUGAUGAAUUAUUUUCCUUAGUUAAAGAUAUGGACGAUUCAACUAAGUUUGUGAGGAGGGACACUGAAAAUCACACAGCGCUCUUGAUGACGAGAGUUAUCAACAAAAUAAGUAAGACAGGAAAUGAUGCAAUAUUGUUGUCAUUUUUAGCCUUAUGUUUUAGAAGCUGUGAUAGAAUAAAGUUGUUCUACUGCUGCAUGGUUUCAGACAUCUUCGAUAACGCAUCUUUAAUAAAUCAUUUUCAAGAGAAAAUAGACACUUUCAUUUUAUUCUUGAACUAUGCGGAGAAUUUAGAGAAAAUCGAAAUUCCCGAAUCAGAACAAAUUAAGAUGGUUUCAAAUUUUGAAAAGAUGAUGAUGGUUUUUGACAACCAGAGCUACAGUAUUUUGUUCCCAAAAUAUAUUAGCUUUCUGAAAAAUUGCCGGGUUUUAUGCACCGUUACGGACGAACUAAAAUUUAGAAUGUUGUUGGCUAUUUUAAAGUUGAACAAGAAAUGUUCUGGAGAUAUUGACAAGUUUUGUGAGCAGACUCCUAUUGAUUUUUUGCAAUCUGGUUUGCGCUUCUUUGAUAAUGAAACCGAAGAUUAUGAUCAUGCUUUGGAACUAGUUGAAUUUCUCAGGUCUUUUAGGAAUAUUGAAUCGAUACCUCAAUCUUGGUUGGAUGAAAUUAGCUAUAAAUUGGGGCUUUUAGUCCACCCGGAAAUUGAAUUUGACACUGAACUUCACGAUAAACUGAAAAUCAUAGGAUCACGAUUAUCCCUCAAAGAAAGUAAUAGAAUAAAAAAACUAGCAAUCAGGCGGAAGGUGAAUCAUUCCCCCUUGAUUGCUGACUCAAUUUCUGGGUUCUCUGAUAACAUUAACCGGAAAAAAAAAGUAGAUUAUGAGCUGAGCAAAGAUGAUACAUCGAAUGAUACAAUAACCUCUAAAAGUGUUAGCACCCCUAUUGACCUGAAAGCUAUCAAUAAAAUUGACAGUAGCAGUUCCAAAAAACCAAGGAAUAUGGAAAGAGAAUCUGAACACAGAGAUAAAACAAUUAACAAGAAUUCUUUUGUUCGUGAAAAUUCCAAUUUUGGCGAAGCACCAAUACCUAUUCGUAACUUGAAAUCUUUCAUCAUUGAUAGUAUAAAUAUCGAAGAAGAGAUUGGUGAAUUACCAACAGUUCGGGUUCCAUCAAGCUCCCCGAAACCUAAUAUAUCUCAGGAAGAGCAUACCUCUCCAGCAAAACGUACUAGAUCGAGGCAGAAUGUAGAGCUGAGCAGCAUUGAAAGUUUAGAUGAAUGGACGGCUCGACUGCGUAUGAAGACAAGAAAAGAUAGGAGGGAAAACAAGAAGGAAUCUCCUGAGAAUUCUGGUGUUGGAUCUCAAAGUGGAUCAGGAACAUGUAAAUCAGAGGAAACCAAAAGUCUACUGACACAGACUGAUAUGGAUCAGUUCAAGGUAUUAUUAAAAAAAUUCAAUAGCAGGCCGUUUUUCGUUACUCAAGAAGAAAAGGAUGAGUUAGAAAGCAGUAUUUUGUCUUUAUUAUUAAAAUUGAAACACCAAUAG